AUGAGGAAGCAUUUGGAAAAACUGGAAAAAGGAAACUAUCCCGACAAUGUAAAAAAAGUGACUCAAGAAGAAAUAGAACGCUACGAAAUGAUGCCCGGCAAUUCCAGUGAAGCCAACAUUAUCAAGCAUGAUCUCGAGUUUGCUCGACGGAAGUUGGACGAGAAGCAUUACGGAUUGUCAGAAAUAAAAGAGAAAAUCAUUGAAUAUUUGGCUGCUCAGCAGAAAGCCAAUAAAUCGCUAGGACAGGUCAUUUGUUUAGUGGGACCUCCGGGAGUAGGAAAAACUUCCCUGGCUGCUUCCAUUGCUGAGGCAACUGGACGGAAAUUUACUAGCAUUUCGGUGGGGGGUAUUCGAGAUGUGGCUGAAAUUCAAGGUCAUCGCCGCACUUAUAUAGGGGCAAUGCCAGGCCGAAUUAUCCAGGCCAUGAAAAAAGCCCAAGUAAUUAAUCCCUGCUUUUUAAUUGACGAGAUUGAUAAAAUUUCUUCCGACUACCGCGGCGAUCCAGCCUACGCACUAUUGGAGGUUCUCGACCCGAACCAAAACAAGAAAUUUAUUGAUAACUAUUUAGGAGAGGAAGUUCCUUAUAAUCUCUCGGAAGUAAUGUUUAUUUGCACAGCUAAUGAUGAACGAGAAAUACCCUUGCCUUUAUUAGAUAGGAUGGAAGUAAUUCGACUUUCUUCUUACACGGAAAUUGAAAAGUUUCAUAUUGUUAAAGAGUACAUAAUUCCCGAAAGUUUAAAAAAGCAUAAUUUAAACGCCAGGGAAAUAGUUUUUGAAGACCAGACUAUUCGCGACAUAAUAAAGCAUUACACACGCGAAGCAGGAGUGAGAGAAUUAAACCGAAGAAUUCAAGCAAUUGUGCGCAAAUUUAUAGUGCAACUUCUGCAAAGUCGAGUAAGUAAAGCAGUUAUUACUCCUGAAAAUCUCACGAAAGACUAUUUAAAAAAGAAAGAUUAUGAAUUUACUUCUAAAGUAAAAUCCACACGAGCAGGAGUGGCUACUGAGGGAGAUUUUGAACUAACUGGAAAUCUCGGAGAUAUUAUGAAAGAGUCAGCACGAGUAGCCCUUAAUUAUAUAAAAGCUAAUUACAAGAAAUUUGGUAUUGACCCCGAAGUUUUUUCGCAAAAUAGCAUUCAUAUUCACGCACCAGAGGGGGCAACUCCAAAGGAAGGGCCAAGUGCCGGCAUUGCUUUGACUUCAGCCAUUAUUUCGGCUCUAACUGACUACAUUAUUCCCCGCGACAUAGGCAUGACUGGUGAAAUUACCUUACAUGGUCAUGUUGAGGCGAUUGGCGGCUUGAAAGAAAAGGCCAUUGCAGCUUGUCGCAGCGAGUUGAAAACGAUUAUAAUCCCGAAAUCUAAUGAAAAGGAUAUUGAGGAUAUUCCUGAAGAAGUUCGUCGUGAACUCAAAAUUGUUACUGCUGAAGAGUAUGAAGAAGUUUGA